UACCGGUGCGAGCGGUUCGAACCAACCAAACGUGUGUACGAGUGUGGCGCGUGUUUUGUGCGACUCGCUGGUAUCGAAAAAAAAGCCUCCUGUUCAUCCGAUUCCUCAUCGUCCGGGACCCCAAAAACGCUCGUGUGCUCAACAUGUGCUUAGAGUAACCCCCGGGUGCUCCUACUCCUCCUGCUGCACCUUUCUCGUUUCUAUCUAAUCGUGUUGCAACGAUCGAACGACAUAGUGCGGAAGUGAAGAGAACUGAAAAGUGAACCCGAAGAGCAGAAAGACCUGCACGGACCUGCUGUGUGAUAGGGCAAGUGCUCCGAUCGAAGCCCAAGAUGCAAUCGCGAGUGAAAUUAAGCCUGGCGUUGCUGCUGUGGCUUGUGGCGAUCGUGACGAGCGCCACCGACUCGGGGCUGCCCGAUUUCGAGCUGGACGAUGGUAAAGAUGCGGAGGCGGAUGAUUACUACUACGUCAACGAUGGUAGCGAUCAGCAGAUGCAACCGUCGCACAAGAUGAUGAGCUACGCAAAGCCACCGUCGGCUGGUGGUUCCGAUUCGGGAGCCGUGCCAAUGACCGAUGGUGAUGGGACCGAACCGUUCCUGAUGGAAGACGACGAUACAAGCUUCGAGCUGAUGGAUGACGUGGAGUUCGUGGAGCAAGGGACACAGCUAGACUUUCAGCGUAAGGCGGAGCGCAUGCGGCACAUUAUGCUGAAGGCGUUCGCAAACCGCGAGUUUCAGCGCAAGUUCGGUGAGGUGCUGCCACUGCUGAAAGUGAUGUCCAAGACGCAAAAGUCCACGCUAGCGGCGCUCAUCACGGCGCAGGUGAAUUCGCGCGAAGGCCAUACACUAUCGCUCGAACAGGUUAAAGCCAUGUUCGGGAACCGGCCGGAGCUGAUACUACCCCUCGUCUACGAUAUCGCUAACCUCAUCCGUACCGUGGCCAAGCGCGAGAGUUUACUGUCGGAACAGGAGCAACAGAACAAGCAUCAGGAUGAUGAGCUAACGGAUGAACCAUUCCUAGAGAACGAAGGUGUCCUGUCGAACCAUCUGCUCCGUCGUAGCUUCGAUACCCGUCCAGCUCCUCAGGGCUUCCGAUCGAUGAAGGAACCACAACCGCGACCGCUCGUCUCCAACCGCAACGAUGGCCGGCUCGUGGUGGACGAAGAGGAAGUCCGUCUGGCCACGGCCCACACUGGAGAAUCCGAGGGACGCUCUGUACGCUCCUCGGACGUUCCUUUCUUCGAGAAACUCGUCCAAGCGAUACCGCGGUUUAAUGUGCAGCGUACCGUCGUCCAGGAGCGAUCAUCCGACGAUCGAAUGUCCUACCACGAGCGGAAACUCAACAUGACGGCCUUCAAUGCGUCCGCCAACCAGCGUGACCAGCUAGCGAUGGCUUCCGAUGGACCGAUUCCGGUCACACUGCCCAAGGUGGCGCCAAAACAAACACCGAACGCGAUCCAGAAUCCGGUCGAUCGAGAGACCGGAGUGCAGGAAAAAACUCCUCGAAUGACACUGGAAGAGAUUGAAGAUCUUGCGUUCGGUGGACUAAAUGGUACCGAGUUGGAUGCACCUUCUGGUGUGGCCAGUGAAGCUGGUGCCAAUGGAACCGCAGUCGGUGGUCCAGUUGCCGAAAAGCUCAUCGGUAAUCGGCAGCGACCUCACGAUCUACAUGCGCUACUGCCCAGUGAACGGUGUGAACACUUCUCCGGUGGUGUCUGCAUUCGUGUCGCCAACUAUCCCACUUCCGAGAUCAUGUACAGCAUAACGCGCCAUCGGCAUGCGAUCGGUGCCCUGCUGGCCGAGUACAUCGACAAAGCGACCGCCCAGGACCGGACCAUCUACGAGCCGGAUGAGAUCGAGCAGGGCAUCAACACGAAGCUAAGAAAACGAGAGGAUGACGCCUCGAAGGGUGGUGGCAACAUGUGUCCCAGCAUUAUCCGGUAUGCCCGUCCCCAGAAGGCCCGUUCGGCGACCGGCGAGUGGAAAUACAUCGUCAAUACGGGCGAGCAUACGCAAACGCUUCGGUUGGAGAAAUGCAGUACACCGCAAGAUUCUUGCACCUACCUGACGGACAACUUCCGGUCACGGUGCGUGCAAAUCUACAACUACCACCGACUACUGAGCUGGGAUGCUGCACGUGGUCUACAUGUCGAUAUCUUUAAGGUGCCAACCUGCUGCAACUGCCAUAUCGAUGGAUAUCGGGAGACUUUUCCACCGCUCACCAGCUACAACGAUUUCAAAUCGAAAGCCCACGAUGAUCCAAACGAGUCAGCCUCUACGCUGAUCCGGAACACGCAUGCCCAUCACCUGGCGCCGGCCACUCUCAACCACUACUCGACGCUACAGUUCGAUCAGGUCGAUCAGGAGGACGACGAAUCGGACGAUAACAUUGCGUACCAGUUCUCGAACGGAUUCCAGCGUGUCCAACCGGCGAAGGUACCACCGAAAGUAGCGCCAGCCUACGAUCACCUCGCUGGUGUUGCUCCUCCUCCACCACCACCCGGAUUGUCCCCAGCGAAGACACGAUUCGAGCGCCCCGCGAAGCACGGUGGCGGUAAACGAUACAAUCCGCAGCAGCAGGCGCCACCAACGCUGGACACAUACCUCAGUCCUCCACCGAACGAUCUUGCCUACUCCAACAUCCCCUUCAAGCGUGGUCCACAUGCGUACGUGCCGGAUAAUGCGCUGAAACGGGCCGGAAGUGUCGGUGCGAACCGGCGGCCACUAAGGAAGACGGUCAACGUGCACGAUCAAUCGAUCGCCGAGACGGAUUCACGGAUCAAUCAGGUAUCGGUGUUGCCACCGGGUCCGAUUCCUGGCACCAAGCAUCAUCAUUACGAGCAGCAGCAGCAGCAGCAGCAGCAACAACUACUCGUACCUCAGAUACAGGCCCAGAACAUCAUCGAAAAGCACCGUCGACGAUCGCAAACGACACCCCAAACCACGAUGGUCACUCUCCAGCAGCAGUACUCAUCACAAGGUGGUGGCUACCGAUCAUCACUGCCCCCCGUAGCGCCCACUGUGCCGGUGGCCAUCGAAACGACGCUCGUAACGGCACCACAACCUCCACCGAGUACGAUCAGCACCAGCACGAGCACCGUCACGACAACGAACGGACAUCAGCGCAUCAACUACAACUACCAUCCGAUCAUUGAUUUCUUCGAGGAGGUCGGCAACGAGGAACUUCCGGCGGUGCCGGCGGAAGACGUGACGCAGGAACAGAUUGACCGGAUCGGUCUGAACGGUCACACGUCGCUCAACAGCUGGAAACCGAUUCUCCACAGUCGGCGAACGGGUUGAGGGGUGCGAGGGAGAUCUUUGUUAAGUA